AACAUCCCCGAGGACCUCCGUGACCCCUUCUACAUUGACCAGUAUGAGCAAGAGCACAUCAAGCCACCUGUGAUCAGGCUGCUGCUGUCCAGUGAGCUAUACUGCCGCGUGUGUAGCCUUAUCCUCAAGGGUGACCAGGCAGCUGCCCUGCAGGGACACCAGUCUGUCAUCCAAGCCCUGUCCCGGAAGGGCAUCUACGUGAUGGAGAGUGACGACAGCCCUGUGACAGACCCCGACCUCAGCUGCGCCCCCAUCAAGAUGAGUGCCCACAUGGCGAUGGUGGACGCCCUGAUGAUGGCCUACACUGUGGAGAUGAUCAGCAUCGAGAAGGUGGUGGCCAGUGUCAAGCGCUUUUCCACGUUCAGUGCCUCCAAGGAGCUCCCAUACGACCUGGAGGAUGCCAUGGUGUUCUGGAUUAACAAGGUAAAUCUUAAAAUGAGAGAGAUAACAGAGAAAGAAGUUAAAUUAAAACAGCAGUUAUUGGAAAGUCCAGCUCAUCAAAAGCAGUCUCCCUCCAAGUGGUAUUGGAAGUUAGUACCCGUCCGCUACCGGCGAGAGCACCUCUCUGCGAGGCAGGCCCCCUACUUCCCGGUGCUGGAGGACCUGAUGCGGGAUGGCAGCGACGGCGCCGCUCUCUUGGCCGUCAUCCACUACUACUGCCCGGAGCAGAUGAAGCUGGAUGAUAUCUGCUUGAAGGAGACUACCUCGAUGGCUGACAGUCUAUACAACAUCCGGCUACUGAGAGAAUUCUCCAACGAGUAUCUGAAUAAGUGCUUUUACCUCACCCUGGAAGACAUGCUGUAUGCUCCCCUGGUGCUGAAGCCAAAUGUCAUGGUUUUUAUUGCCGAGCUCUUCUGGUGGUUUGAGAAUGUCAAGCCCGACUUUGUCCAGCCCAGAGAUGUCCAGGAGCUGAAGGACGCUAAAACAGUGUUACAUCAGAAGAGCAGCCGACCUCCUGUACCCAUCUCCAAUGCAACCAAACGCAGCUUCCUGGGCAGCCCUGCGGCGGGGAGCCCAGCUGACCUGCAGCCCCCUGCACAGCUGCCAAUGGAAGGCUGUCACAGGCACUACCUGCAUCCCGAGGACCCAGAGUACCUUGGGAGAGGAGCUGCAGCCUUCAGCCCGUCCCACCCUCUCCUCCCCCUGAGACAGAAGCAGCAGAAGACGAUGCAGGGAGAGGACUCCCCUGAUCAGCGGCAUCGGUCUAAUUCUCUAACCCGGGUCGACAGUCAGCCACGAGGUGCAGCAGUAGCGUGGCCAGAAAAAAAAACCAGACCUGUGUCCCAGCCGACGCCCUUUGCUCUCCAUCAUGCCGCAAGUUGCGAUGUGGAUCCUGGCUCUGGUGACAGUGUCAGCCUGGCGCGCUCUAUCAGCAAGGACAGCCUGGCAUCCAGUAUUGUCCAUCUGACCCCGCAGAACCAGCCACACCCCCCAGCCGUGAAGGCCAAUGGGAAGAGCCUCCUGAACAAUGUCAACAUGGAGGAUGAGGAGGAGGAGCUUGUGGCCAUCAUCCGUGCGGAUGUGGCUCCUCACCGCCUGGACCCGGAGGGCCCCAGGGCUUCGCCUCGGGCCUCGGGCCUGGUGGCAGGUGCCAGGGCUCCCCAGGGACAGGUGGACACCUCUGAGAACAAGCCUGGCAGUUUUUUCCUGGAGCCCCUCAUGCCGGCAGUGCUUAAACCUGCAAAGGAGAAGCAGGUGAUUACAAAGGCAGAUGAACUUGGAGAAGGUGGGCCAAGGAGCCUUGCACCCAGGAGGCCCAGUGAGGGCCGUCAGCCUUUGGUACGAAAGAAGGUGACUGGCAGUCGUGACGUGACUAGGACUUUUACUCCACUUCCUUGUUCAGAGUUCCCCACAGGUGUGGACCCCAUGGAAGCAGGCCCGCAGUCUGCAGAAGGUGCUGGAGAAGCGCACAGUGGGCCUCCCACCGUGGGUGGGUUCGGCCCAUCGCCUCAGGGACUGUCUGCCGAUGGCUUCUUCCUUCACAUGGGCAGGGCCGACGAAGACACAGAGGGUAGGCUCUGUGUCGGGCGUUCCAAGAGCCCCAGUGCCCAUGAUGCAGAACCAUGGACCCUAUUGCGGCAGGACUCUGACUCUGAUGGCAUGGACCUCGAGGAGGUAGAGCACAGCUUCUUGGGUGAGGCCCUCCCGGGGGUUCUUACUCGCUACCUGGGUGAGGAGGAGUCGGCCAAACUGCAGGAGGAUAUGCAGGUGAAGGAGCACGAUGACAAGGAUGACGCCAGCGGCCGCUCUAGCCCGUGUCUGAGCACCACCUCCCAGCUCAGCAGUGUCUCUGUGGCCAGCGGGAGUGUGAGGAUGACCAGCUUUGCUGAGCGGAAGCUCCAGAGACUCAACAGCUGCGAGACUAAGUCCAGCACCAGCAGCUCCCAGAAGACCACACCAGAUGCGUCGGAGAGCUGCCCAGCCCCGCUGACCACAUGGAGGCAAAAGCGGGAGCAGAGCCCGGGCAGGCACGGCAAGGACCCUGCCAGUCUGCUGGCGUCUGAGCUGGUGCAGCUGCACAUGCAACUGGAGGAGAAGCGCCGGGCCAUUGAGGCCCAGAAGAAGAAGAUGGAGGCGCUGUCGGCCCGGCAGCGGCUGAGGCUGGGCAAGGCGGCCUUCCUGCACGUGGUGAAGAAGGGCAAGGCCGACGGCGCCCCUCUUAAGCCAGAGCCCAGCGCCAAGGAGGGCCCUCAGCACAAUGGGGGGGACUUUGGGGAUGGGGUCUUGAAAACUGAGGAGCUUCUUGGGAAGGAGGAGCAGAGGGAAGGCCUCUGCACAGAGCCUCAGGAUGUGGACAAGGAGGGCCUGGCUUUUGUCCAACAGCACAAGGCAAGAGACCCUGCCACGCUGUACGAGCUGGAGAAGAGCAAGGCGCUGUCGGCCACCCUCCUGGAAGGGGGUGUGGGCGAGGCCUUGGAUGUGGGCGAGUGCGAGCUGUCCAUCGAGAAGCUGGGUGAGACCAUCAGUACGCUGCAGGAGGCCAUCCUGAGGAUCUCGCAGCAGCAGGAGCAGCUGCUCAUGAAGGCGCCCCCGGUGCCAGCCCCUGGCUCCAGGAAUGGCUCCCAGGACCACAAGGCCAAGGCGUCUAUCCACUUUGUGGAGCCGCUGUCUCCCACUGGGAUGACUGGCCACCGUAAACCCCCUCGGCUGGGCCAGGGCCGGAAUUCCCGUCCUGGGAGGCCUGCGGAGCUGAAAGUCCCGAAAGACAGGCCGCAGGGCCCCUCCCGGAGCAAGACCCCGACGCCCAGCAUCGAGACGCUCCCACACCUGAGGCCUUGCCCCCCGAGCGGCCACCCGCGGACACCCUCAGAGACAGGCUUGGAAAGCACCGCUGAGCCCAGUGGGGACCUUCAUGGGAAGUGUCUCUUUGAGAGCUACCGGCUCCAUGACGCGAGCAACCAGCGGACCCUCGUCCUGCCUUCUCCCAAAGAUACAAACAUCGUGUCGGAACAGAUGAGCCUCCAGGGCCUGGAGGUAAAUGUGAAGGAGGCCAAGCUGGAUGCCCCGGAUGGCGUGGGGAGGGAGGGCGUCCCCACGGAGGAGCCUCUGCGCAGCAAGGCCAGCCUAAUCGAGGUGGACCUCUCGGACCUGAAGGCCCCUGAUGAGGAUGGGGAGGUGGCCAGCCUCGAUGGCUCCGCGGACCUGGUCAGCGAGGGCGACCAGAAGCCAGGGGUCGGCUUCUUCUUCAAGGACGAGCAGAAAGCAGAGGAUGAGCUUGCCAAGAAGCGGGCGGCAUUCCUCCUCAAGCAGCAGCGCAAGGCCGAAGAGGCACGCAUGCGGAAGCAGCAACUUGAGGCAGAGGUCGAACUCAAGCGGGAUGAGGCCCGGCGCAAAGCAGAAGAAGACCGCAUCCGGAAGGAGGAGGAGAAGGCCCGGCGAGAGCUCAUCAAGCAGGAGUACUUGCGGAGGAAGCAGCAGCAGACCCUGGAGGAGCAAGGGCUCGGCAAGUCCAAGUCAAAGCCGAAAAAGCCGCGGCCCAAGUCAGUCCACCGGGAAGAGUCAUGCAGCGACUCAGGAACCAAGUGCUCCUCCACCCCUGACAACUUGAGCCGGACCCAGUCUGGCUCCAGCCUGUCCCUGGCUUCCGCAGCAACCACAGAGCCCGAGAGUGUACACUCAGGGGGCACGCCCUCCCAGCGGGUGGAGUCCUUGGAGGCCCUGCCCAUCCUGAGCCGCAACCCCAGCAGGAGCACCGACCGCGACUGGGAGACCGCGUCAGCGGCUUCAUCCCUGGCCUCGGUGGCUGAGUACACAGGUCCCAAGCUCUUCAAGGAGCCCAGCAGCAAGUCGAACAAGCCGAUCAUCCACAACGCCGUGUCCCACUGCUGCCUGGCUGGGAAGGUCAACGAGCCCCACAAGAACUCCAUUCUGGAGGAGCUGGAGAAGUGUGACGCCAACCACUACAUCAUCCUGUUCCGUGAUGCUGGCUGCCAGUUCCGGGCGCUGUACUGCUACUACCCCGACACGGAGGAGAUGUUCAAGCUCACAGGCACGGGGCCAAAGAACAUCACCAAGAAGAUGAUCGACAAGCUGUACAAGUACAGCUCAGACCGGAAACAGUUCAGCCUGAUCCCAGCCAAAACCAUGUCGGUCAGCGUGGACGCCCUCACCAUCCACAACCACUUAUGGCAGCCCAAGCGGCCCGCAGUGCCCAAGAAGACCCAGACUCGCAAAUGACCCUGCACGGCCAGCCUGAGGACGUGCGGGGAGCCCUCUUUAUUGUUUCCAUCCGUUUGAGUACGACACGUGCAGUUGCAGACCUCUUGAAAGGGUCCUCUAGACCACAAAAGAAAGCCCCUCUCCUCCCAGCUCUCACGGGGAUGCCAGGCAGAGCGAGAACGGAGGAAUAAGCGUGUGUUCAGGGGCUCGUGGUGCCGUGGUCACUGCUAGCCCGGGACUCACAGCUGAGGGGUGUGUGCAUACCCUGGGCCGCAGAGCCCCUACUUGAAGUUUCCUUCCAUAUGGGCUGGGCGUGGUCUCUUUGCCUUCUUGCCUCUCCCCCCCCACAGGACCUGACACCCUCAGUGGGCCAGCUGUGAUCUCAUGCGAUUACAGGACUGAGCUUGAGCCCAGGUCGGGGUGUUUGAAUGUUUGGAAAAGGAAUUCAUAAUGGGAAAUCUUUUUCAUUUGAGAAAUUGUAUGAUAUUGAUUGAUUAUGUCUACUGCCGAUGUUUGUAUCCAGUUCUAAGAUUUCUGAAAAAAUCCUUGUUUCUUGCUGCUCAGAAAAAGUUUACUGAAAUACCAGUUCACUAAAGCACUGAAAUCAGCUAGGUCUGUCUUCUACUAAAAUAACGUUUACAGAUAUGGAGGCGAUUUCUUCUGAGGGCCUGUCACGCACAUGGGUACGCUCCCUCUUGCUGGCACCAGCUGAGCCACGGCAGCCGGCGGGAACUCUGUUCCCAGUAGUGCUCUGAUGGUGGUUCACUUUAAUAAAGACAGGUCUUUCACUCUGAGCAUGUUUCUCCUGAAGGAUGAUGCACUUGCGUUCCUUUGGUGGUUUGCGAGGUCACAGCGUGUCCCGUCUGGAUGCUUCUGGAAGAACGGUGUGCUUUAGGAGUGCGGCUCUUGGUUAGAUUGAGGGUUUUGUUCCGUUGCCUAUUUAAAAACAAUUAAGUGGUUAUUUGCAGCUAUUUCAGAAUUCCAAGUAAGUGAAUUGGCUUUGGGUUCUUUCCACCUUGGUCCCAGUGCUGGUGACACGUCUCUGGGCAGAUGUUCCCAGGUAACAGGUACGUGCCUGCCAUGGCUGCCAAGACGCUACCAUGACUGACCAGCUACUGGAAGAUUCUGGAGCCACCUGUGUUAGUUUUGCACAUAUUUCCCUGAGAGUGUUACUUGAAUCUAUCUUGAACUACAGAAAAAAUUAAAGAUCAAUAGAGAGAAGAAGUUAGAGACAAGUGUAAGUGUCACAUAAUUUUAGGUAGACAAAGGGGAGUGAGUUUUGUACAUAGGGGAGGGAGGGACGCGGAACAAACACUAGGAGGACGUGCAGGUCCUGUUUCAGCUUCCUCGGUCCUUGGGAGAGCAGUACAGUCUUGCAAAUCUGUAUAUACCGUGUUCGAUGUAGCCACUCUGUCCUGUAAAUAGGUACUGAAGGCUGUGUGACUUCUCAAGCGCCAAGUGGUAGUCCUGGGGGAGUGUCCUGCUACAUGCUUUCACACGUGUGCUUUAUUUCUCACUGUAUGUUUGAUAUUAUAUUACCAUAUUUAUUUUAAGAAAGCACUAAAAUGUAAUAAAGUAAUGAACUAAUUUGCUUUAUAUUUAAUGAUGUGUGAGGCUGUCGUCGCUCGUUUGCUGGCUCCCUGCUUUAAAGGGGCUUCAUGCUGUUUGUGUUUCACAAAGCCCUCUUGAUGGAAGCGGAAUGUGAUUGUUUUUAGCGAAGCGUUAGAGGACUUUUGGCAUCGAGCUGGAAAAUCACAUUCCCACGGGACUUCCAGCCGAACCCAGGCUGUUCUUGCUGCAGUUGGUCGACACACGGACAGUCCUGAAGCCUGCCCUUUGGCCCGUGGGAUUUCGCUGCUUGCUGUGUCAGUUGGCACUCACACAGCCACUGGCAUUCUGCUGUCUGCGGCCGCUCUUCGGCUUUGGCUCAGUGGCCGACAGAAGCAUUCCCGGCCUUCCCUGGGCAGGGGCACGGCCAACUUUUUUAUUUAUCACGGAAAGUUUCAGACACAAAUUUUAUUUUGUAGUGGCGGAUUUAGGCCUUUCUGGCUGGGAUGGUGGUAAAGUAUUAUUUUCCAUGUCAAAAACGCCGAGCCGUAGCUCUGUCCAUCAACACUUUCCAGCUCCCAAAACCCCACAGGGUGUCUGUGUUGUGUUGCAGGCUUCUCAUGGUGGGAGGGUUGUGCCACCUCCGUUGCCACGCAGAACACUCGCCUGAUUAUUGAAGGCCUGCUGCUCUGCCCACGUAGGGCACGACGGUGUAAGGAAAGCAUCCCCCAGUGGCUCAAUGUGUGAUGAGGCGUCUGUGUAAACCCUUGAUAGUGCUGGAGUCCUGGGAGCCCAGAGGGAUGAGAGAGAAAUGAAACUGGGGAGAGUUCAUGAUUUUACAAGUCCACGCGCAGAUACAUAGUUUCACACAUGUGCAUGUGUGCGUGUGCCCACGCGUGGGUGUGUGCCCACGCCCCAGAGACAGUCCAUUCUCCGUGUGUCUUAUUGCCAUGACUUCCUACGCGUGUGACUGCAGUGCAGGCCCUCAGCAGAUUUUUCAGGCCCAAACCCUAUUCUUCACUCAGGCAAAAUUGAGACGUGGAGCAUUCUCAAGUUACUUUUAGGAUGUGCUUUUAAUUCCGUGGAACUGGAGUUGUCGUUUGGAGGAAAAAGUAUUUAUUGAAAUAAAAUUUUCUGUUGAAAAUUAA